GAAUAUCCUCGGAAAUUCCUCGGGAUUUUCCGAGGAUUUCAUUUUCCGUCGGAACGUCCGUCAGAAUAUCGUUGUUUUCUUGUAGUGCUAUAUAGGCCAAUGAUUAACACUAACAUGAUUCCCUAAUACUCCACACAAAAGAGCUAUUUGAUAUUUGUGUUGUCUGAUGAGAGCCUUGUGAUUAUCUUCAAUGGUUAUAUUUGGUAAUAUAGAAAGUCUUUUAAGGAUUCAGCACAACUUCAUGUCUUUUUACUUUUUAAGAAUCCUAAUUCGAAAAUAAAAUUUGCUUAAUAACUCAAAAAGACAUGAAAAGCAAAACUGUAAAUUAGAAACAGUCGUCGUCAUGGAACAAGAACUUGGAUGCAUGUCUGUCAGAAUGAACAUUUCCAUUCCUGGUUGGUAAGCAUUCCGCUGUUUUUAAGCUGCUAAUGAAUCUCUUUAACUAAUUACAAAAUGCUUUUGAGUGUAAGAAAAGGUAGGUCUCUUAAACACGCAAACUAAGCACUAAUCUUAUUAAAUUAAAUGAAAACUUAUAGAAGUCAAAACUUACAAAAAAUGAAAUGUGAUGACUGCUUCUUCAUCUGUUCUGUCUUUCUCCUAAUAGGACUUCCGGAGAAGUGCUAACUGUCUAUCUCAUCCAUGGCUUCUGGAGCUGUUUUCAAUUUGUCUGAUUCUAGUCUUCUCAAAAUCCUUCAAGGUGACAUCACCGAGUGGUCCGUGGAUGCGUCCUCCGAUGCUAUUGUCAAUCCAGCAAACAAGCGAAUGCUAGGUGGUGGUGGCGCCGACGGAGCAAUACAUAGAGCUGCUGGGCCACAGAUGAGAGCAGCAUGCUAUGACAUCCCUGAAGUUCGUCCUGGAGUGCGUUGUCCAACUGGUGAAGCAAGAAUCACACCGGGUUUCAACUUGCAUGCAUCUCAUGUGAUCCACACUGUUGGACCCGUCUAUUACUCAGACGUCAACCCUAGAGAGUCCCUCACCAGCUCUUACAGAAAUAGUCUUAUAGUGGCGAAGGAAAACAACAUCAAGUACAUUGCAUUUCCUGCCAUAUCUUGUGGGAUUAAUGGAUAUCCUUCUGAUGAAGCUGCUGUGAUCGGUAUAUCAACGAUCAAAGAAUUCGCCAAUGACUUUAAAGAGGUGCAUUUUAUUAUGUCCGCGGACGAUAUUUAUAACGUGUGGGUAAACAAAGCAAAUGAGAUGCUACAAGAAGCUUAAGAUUCCAUCUGCCGCCUAAGUGAAUGACCAAGUAAACAUGAGUAAAUAAGACUUUGUUAUUUUGUGUUAGUGUGAUGAGAGCCUUGUGUUAUACUCAACACAAAGGAAACAUUUGCCGUUAUGUGUUAUGUGAUGAGAGCCUUGUGAUAUUCCAUACAAUGUUAUAUAUGGUCCUUUGGAUUUAAGAGUUGAAGUUGAACCCAACAAAAACAGUCGGUUUUAUAAAUAAAUUCCAGUUUAUUUGUAAA